UCUGCCCCCGGGCCGCUCGCCCUCUCUCGGCUGCCCGGGGCUCGACGAGUGCGAUGGGGAGGUUAUCCCGGCUGCCGAGGGGGCGGUCACCCGCUUUAUUUUGUCGGGCGGUCGAACGCCCCUUGUUUUGCCGUUGCUAGGCCGCUGGCGAUGGAGAGAGUGGAAGGAGCGGGGAGCUCAGGUGAAUGCGGGCAGCAGCUGGAGCUCGCAGCACAGCCCAAGGGGAAGGUUGCUCACUGGCAAUAACAUUUCUAAGCACUUGAAUUUGAUCACAACGCACAAUGUCCAAGUUAAAAAGUUCCGAAUCGGUUAAAGUGGUUGUGCGAUGUCGACCAAUGAACGAGAAGGAAAUUGCAGGUGGCUAUGGAAGAAUUGUUGACAUAGAUGCAAAACUGGGUCAGAUUUUGGUGAAAAACCCCAAAGGAGGUCCAAGUGAACUACCCAAGACUUUCACAUUUGAUGCUGUGUAUGACUACAAUUCCAAACAAGUAGAACUAUAUGAUGAGACCUUUCGGCCUCUUGUGGAAUCAGUUUUACUGGGUUUUAAUGGGACAAUUUUUGCAUAUGGACAGACUGGAACAGGAAAAACAUACACCAUGGAGGGACUCCGCACCGACCCUGAAAGGAGAGGUGUAAUCCCAAAUUCCUUUGAGCACAUAUUCACACACAUCUCUCGAUCUCAAAAUCAACAAUACUUGGUAAGAGCAUCAUACCUGGAGAUUUACCAAGAAGAAAUAAAAGAUCUACUAGCAAAAGAUCAAACUAAAAGGUUGGAGCUAAAGGAGAGGCCAGACACUGGUGUAUACGUCAAAGACUUGUCUUCCUUUGUGACAAAAAAUGUGAAAGAAAUUGAACAUGUUAUGAAUGUUGGCAAUCAGAAUCGGUCUGUUGGUGCUACAAACAUGAAUGAACACAGCUCUCGUUCCCAUGCCAUCUUUGUUAUAACAGUUGAAUGCAGUGAAAUUGGACUUGACGGAGAGAACCAUAUCCGUGUCGGAAAGUUGAAUUUAGUAGACCUUGCUGGCAGUGAACGACAAGCUAAAACUGGAGCUCAAGGGGAACGGUUAAAAGAAGCAACAAAAAUUAACCUCUCUCUCUCAGCACUGGGCAAUGUAAUAUCUGCACUUGUGGAUGGGAAAAGCACUCAUAUUCCCUACAGGGAUUCAAAGCUAACUCGAUUGCUUCAGGACUCAUUGGGAGGGAAUGCCAAGACUGUUAUGGUGGCAAAUAUUGGUCCUGCUUCCUAUAACUGUGAAGAGACACUUACAACACUACGAUAUGCAAAUCGUGCCAAGAACAUUAAGAAUAAACCACGUGUAAAUGAAGAUCCCAAAGAUGCACUUUUGAGAGAAUUCCAGGAGGAGAUAGCUCGGCUGAAAGCUCAACUGGCAAAGCGGGGUGUAGGCAAGCGGAAGAAGAAGAAUCGAAAGAGGCAGGGGGUAGAAGGAGAGGACGACAUAGAGGAGGAUGAUGGAGAUGGAGAAGAGGAUGAAGGAAUAAAAAAUGAACCUGAAUACUGGAGGGAACAGCAGGAAAAGCUGGAGAGAGAAAAGAAAGCCAUUCUGGAUGACCACAGCUUAGUGGCAGAUGAGAAACAGAAGCUGUUACGGGAAAAGGAGAAAAAGAUGGGAGAUGUGCGGAGGGAAAGAGAAGCCUCAGAGACUCUUGCUACUAAAAUUAAGGCUAUGGAAAGCAAACUUCUAGUAGGAGGCAAGAAUAUUGUGGAUCACACAAAUGAACAGCAGAAGGUUCUGGAACAGAGGCGUCAAGAAAUUGCAGAACAGAAACGUCGGGAACGUGAGAUGCAGCAGCAAAUGGAGACUCAGGAUGAAGAGACACUGGAGCUGAAGGAGACAUACAGUUCUCUCCAGCAAGAAGUGGAUGUCAAAACUAAGAAGCUGAAAAAGCUAUUUGCUAAGCUCCAGGCAGUAAAAGCUGAGAUUCAUGAUCUGCAAGAGGAACACAUCAAAGAACGACAAGAACUGGAACAAACACAGAAUGAACUAACCAGGGAACUCAAACUUAAGCACCUUGUAAUUGAGAACUUCAUACCUUUGGAAGAAAAGAAUAAAAUAAUGAACAGAGCUUAUUUUGAUGACGAAGAGGACCAAUGGAAGACCCAGCCUAUUACACGAAUUGAAGGCAAUCAGCAGAUGAUGAAGCGACCUGUAUCAGCAAUCGGAUACAAAAGACCACUUAGUAGUUAUGCAAAAAUGGCUUUGAUAUCAAGAUCAGACCCCAGAUAUAGGGCUGAAAACAUCUUACUUUUGGAACUGGACAUGCCGAGCCGAACUACUCGGGACUAUGAAGGACCAGCCAUUGCUCCAAAGGUACAGGCUGCACUGGAAGCUGCUCUGCAGGAUGAAGAUGAGCUUCAAGUAGACGCCUCUACAUUUGAUCCCCUAAGAAGUGGCAGUGCUAGAAAAUCAAAGUCCAGGCCUAAAACUGGGAGAAAAAUUGGACCUUCAUCUUCAACUGGGUCUGGAACCCAACUCUACCCCCAGUCUCGUGGCCUUGUUCCCAAGUAAACCUAUUCUCAUGAAGAUAUAAUGACUUGUCAGCAGGGGAAAAAAUGGAGACGAGUAAACUUUAUCUCCUGGUCUAAUUUUAGUCUGACCUCACUGGUCAACAUCACGUAGAUCAGAAAUAUAGUUUGGAUUGAGAUUAAAUUUACAUUUGUGUUUUGUUUUUACAGUCUAAACCAUUCCACUGCUAGACAAAUAGGUGCCCAAACUCUUAACCUGACAAAGUUAUCUGUUUCAUAAUAUAACCCAAGUGGGUAGUGCCACUGCUUGCUGCUACAGAAACACAUUAUCCUAUAUAUAUAUAUAUAUCAUAUAUAUAUAUAUAUAUAUAUAUAUAUAUCUCAAAAGAAUACCUCACAUUUUACGAGGAAAUUUAUUGUAUUUAAAGAUUUCUUAAAAAUGCUGCAUAACUUUGCUGUUUUUAAUUUAUUAGAUUUUCUUGUUGGAAAGUUGAAUGUAGAUAGAAUAGAUUUGAACUUUUGUUAAUGUAUAGUUGGUAUUUUUCAUGUUUUUUAUUACUGCUUAAUUUGAAUGUUAAAUGUAUGGUAUGAUUUCUUUUUUCAGGCCCUAAUACAACAUGUAAGAAAGAGUAAAGCUGGUCAAUGGUCUGACAUUGUAAGGCACAGGUAGCAAUUAUUGCCUACUUAGGGGAUAGCUUUGGGUCAUGAGACAUCAACCUGAUUUGUAUUAGUGUACAUCAACCUUGCAUAAAGACUCAAUGUCGCUUCUCUAAAGCAUACUUUUUAAAACUACAAAUCAGAAACCUUUUAAGCAGGCUGUAAGUGCAGCAGUUUAGUUCAGCAGCGGGAAUGUGAUUCAGGAGUAAAUGUGUUUUAACUUCCUUGAACAUUCUACCACUACAAAAUCAUAAAUAAUUUUUGCAUUGUUGGUUUUGAUUAUAAAUUACACUUACACACCAACUUAAAAAUAGUAUAACAGGAAAUUUUGUUAAUAGGUUCAAUUUUUAUAUUACCAAGACAGCAUCCUGACUCAAAAUCCGACCUCGCCAAAAUAUUUUGGUUCUUCGAGUCACAUUUGGGCUUGAUAAGAUGUUACACUGUCACACAGUUGCUACAAGAAAAAUGUGGCACUAAGUCAAUUUGGUUACUGAUGUGCAACAAAUUAUCUGCAUCACCCAUGGAGUCUCAUUUGACAGAAUCACUGAUUGGAAAAUCAGACAAACUGAUUUUCAUGCCUGACCUAUUAUUCAUUAAGCGAGGCUUUCUAAUAGAAAUGGAGACUUGCAAAAUUUCCCCCAAAUAUGCACAACAUUUGGGAUCAGUUUGAGUUUGGGUAUAUGUCCAAAAGAUUUAAGUAUCCAUCUUCAAAUGUUAUGCGUUUUUGCAAUUGGAACUUUUAUUGCAAUAUUUGGCUUGUUUAAAAUUUAGCACAAUGCCUCAUAGAUCUUUACAGGUCAAAUUACAUUGUAGCAUUAAAAAAAGAAUUAGGAAUAUGAAAGGGGAUGAGUGAGAGUUCAGUUGAAGCUGAGAAGUAAAUGUCCCUGAUUUAAAAGAAAAAAAUAAAGUGAGGGGAGUGUUAACAUUCUUACAUGAGUCAGGAAUUCUAUUGUAUCUUAGGGAGAAUAUUUUGUUGCUUCUCCCUGAAAAAGUGAUGUUAAUAUUGAAGAAUAUUUAAGAUGAUAAAAAACUCAACAUGAUCUUAGAUUGGACAGUUAUAACUUCAUUUUAUGACCUCCUUAAAUUUGAUAUAUUACUCAAAAGGUCUCACCCAUUCUAGUAAUAACUGGAAGUCCACUUUACGUUAAACAGUAUCUCUUAAUUAAGGCAUUUGUUUCACUGGUUCGAAUUGAAAAUGUGGGCGUCUUUAUGUACAUUGAUACCUUAUAUUCGCAAUCGGCAAUGUCAUAAAAUCAGUGCAGGCAGAGUGGCAAUUUUCCAUUAAAUGCUCAAAAAAUGUAUUGAGUUUACAUUUUUGGCACCGGUCACAGACUUUCUUUUUAAAGUGUAUGUUUUGUUGGACAAUUGAAUGGUUUCAUUGUUAUUUUUCAAACCCCUGUAUCAAUAAUAAUUAGGGUGGGAGAGAUAUUCUCAAAUGUUGAUUUUAGAGGUUUGAAAGUGCAUUUUACAAUGUUGCGGCAGGAUAUCUUAAAAUGUGAAGUUUGUUUUUCUGUGUCUGAACUAAAUUCUAUUAUACACUCAACUUCCAAUGAAGAAACGUUAUUUAAAAAGAAGCAAACAGAAAAAUGUUUAACCACAAUAUGAAUUCCUCAGAAGAAAUCCCUUCUGUUUAAAAGGGCCUGACAGAGAGAGCGAAACAGCUUUGUGAAGCUGCAACAGUUUUCCUAAAUAUUGUCUCUAAUAAGUAGUAAAGAAGAGAUUUAAGUGGCCAAAUUCUUAGCCUUAAUUCGAAUCAGAAUUGCUUGGUUUUUGUUAAAUUAAAAGGGUGCUUAGCAUAGGCAAUUCAAAGUAAAUUCUAAGUUGCUUAAUAUACUUGUCACGUUUAUGUUACCAUUUUCACUGUGAACAGUGCCUGUAAAAAUGUAGAGGGCAUUAGUGUUGAGUUAUACUAUUGAUUUACUAAUAUUUUGUUUGUGCAUUCCCAAACUGCAAACACUAAACUAAUAUAUGUUUGAUAAAAUUUUGUUCUAAAAUUAAUACAGUUUUGGGUUGGUUAGCAAAUAUUUGAGUCGCUAGCUACUGUUUGAAGGCAUAAAUGUAGUUUGGAGUCUGGAUUAUGGAAAUGCUACUAUUACACUAAUGGUUAUUUGCUAAUUCUCUUAAAACGGCCUGUGUCAAUUCCUGCACUCCCUGGAAUUCUGAGAAAGAAUUUAUAUGCUGAUGAUAGGUGGUUUCUAAAUGUCCAGUGUGUUGACUUUUAGGUUACCAAAUUGGUGUAAAUCCCUAUGAACAUUUUCUUAAUUUUGUUUUCAACAAAAUGCUGUAGUAUCUUCCACAUAUAUCCAGCAAAUCUGGAAUAAGAACAAAAGUUAUUCUAAUGUCAGCUGCUAGAAUAAGUAGUCUUAGAAUAUUGAAGCAAAAACAAAUGGCCAAAACUUCAGUAGGCAUUUCACUUUCAACCAGAAACAAACCUUGACAUUUUCAUUUAAACCAGUAAUUUCCAGUGUCAGCAUAACAAUCCUGCAUGUAGCCUGAUAUAUGAAAUGCAUAAUAUGAUUGAAGACAGUGUCCAGAGCAAUAGUGUAUGUAGUUGACUGUAUGUUGGAAGAAUAAACAAAAUCUGUCAUGCAACACAGAAGUUUAUGUCCCAAAUUUCAAACUGAAAGGAAUGUCCUUCUUUAAAUGAUAUAUAAAUUUAAAUUAUCUCUGCAUCUUGUACUUUUUUUUAAUCCCUUCUGUUUGUAAAUGCACCCUGUAAAUGACCUUAAAUAAACUUUCUGAAGCGAUUAGAA